AUGAGCGAUGUCAACAAAGAAAACACUCCACGUAACCCUGGCAGACCUCGACACACUCCACGUAACCCUGGCAGAGCUCAACACACUCCUCGUAACCCUGGCAGAGCUCAACACACUCCCCGUAACCCUGGCAGACCUCGGCACACUCCCCGUAACCCUGGCAGAGCUCAACAUACUCCCCGUAACCCUGGCAGAGCUCAACACACUCCCCGUAACCCUGGCAGAGCUCAACACACUCCCCGUAACCCUGGCAGACCUCGGCACACUCCCCGUAACCCUGGCAGAGCUCAACAUACUCCCCGUAACCCUGGCAGAGCUCAACACACUCCCCGUAACCCUGGCAGACCUCGACACACUCCCCGUAACCCUGGCAGACCUCGACACACUCCCCGUAACCCUGGCAGACCUCGACACACUCCCCGUAACCCUGGCAGACCUCGACACACUCCCCGUAACCCUGGCAGACCUCGACACACUCCCCGUAACCCUGGCAGACCUCGACACACUCCCCGUAACCCUGGCAGACCUCAACACACUCCCCGUAAUCUGGCAGACCUUAACACCUCCACGUAA